UGUUUUUCCCAUCACUGCUACGUAAAUGCUGGAAUUGUGAAUAGACGGCUUGUCGUGUUUGAAGUUUGUGAAAGGAAAAGUACCGUUUGUUUACAAUUUUCGGAAAUUUGUCAAGCGUCGUCAAAUACGUGAAUCGCAAUGGAUAUUGACAUGGAAAGUGACGGCGAGUCUAGCGAAUCUAGCGAGAAUCAAGCUUUAGGAUGUCCAGAAGAAGCCUGUGCAGUAACUUUUGACUUGAAUAUACCACCAAUGCAUACUUAUUUAGGGUCGAAUUUUGAAGCACUUAGAGGAAGAACGCUGUUAGACGUUGGAGUUUGUAUGCACUUACCAUUAUUGGUGAAAGAAUCAGUUAUGCUAUUUCCUGGACAAACAUUGCCAAUGACAGUAAUCGAUAGACCAACCAAGGAUAUGUUAAUGACUUGCAUCAAUAACAAUCGUACCUUAGGUGUUGUGUGUUCAGGACAUGAUAAAAUGGCGUCAAUAGGCACGACUGCUGAAAUUUAUGAAUGUAUGUACAAAGAUCCCGCGCAAGGUUUUCAUUUGAAAGCAAAGGGUAGACAACGGUUCAAGAUUAUACGUGUCGCAAUAAAGGGCCAUGACAAAAUAGGAGCCACUGUUAGAAUUUUACCAGAAAUAACACUUGGACCACCAUUCUUGGAUGAACGUCUGGCCCCGUUAGAUCAUUUACGAAUACAUCCAACUACUGAGGAGGAUUUUAAAAAACAGGAAAAAGUAGAAAAUCUAGAUGCUGCUGUUACUCCUUGGCCUGCCUGGGUAUACAGACAGUAUGAUCCAUUGAGACUUUCUUUAAAAAUACGGCAACACCUACAGUUCAUUGAAGACAGAGGAAGCACUAUACCAGAAGAUCCCACAGAUUUGUCAUUUUGGGUUGCCCAAAAUGUAUUACUGGACGACAAUGAAAGAGUCGUUUUAUUAAAUGACGAUUGUGCAAUUUCAAGGCUACAGAAAGAGAUUAAAUAUCUAGUAGAUGACAAGAUCUUUGUUUGUUGCGAAUGCAAUUCCUACAUUGGAAAGCGGUCGAACAUGUUUCCAAUGAGCAAGGAAGGUCCACAGGGCACUUAUUGCAAUCCUAAUGGAAUUAUACUUGAUACCGUGACCUUGUAUCACGCGCAAGGCCUCAAACUAAGUCGCAGUCCACCUACGACAGAAUAUACGUGGUUCCCCGGAUACGCUUGGACGAUAGCCUCGUGUAACAAUUGCGGUAUCCAAUUGGGAUGGAAGUUUACAGCGGUUGAACAGCAUUUGAAACCUAGGUCAUUCUGGGGCUUGACUCGUAAAAGUUUGAAAAGCAAAAAGAAGAAUGCAAACUAAACGUUAUACAUUACACUGA